AUGAGGCGGGAAGAGGAGGAAGAGGAGGGAACCAGGAUGAAAGCAAAAGGACACCUAGAGAUGAAGGAGGAAGAGGCAGUGAGUGAGAAGGGAGAACUGGUUGGCCCUUUCAUGAGAGCCAUGCCCACCCCUCUGCCGCACAACAAGGGGACCCGGUUUUCAGAGGUAUGGGAGUACUUCCACCUGGCCCCUGUUCGUGCCGGCCACCACCCCAACCAAUACGCCACCUGCCGCCUGUGCGGCAGGCAGGUGAGCCGUGGCCCCGGGGUUAACGUGGGCACCACAGCCUUGUGGAAACAUCUGAAGAGCAUGCAUAGAGAGGAGCUGGAGAGGACUGGCCAUGGUCAGGUGGGGCAGCGCAAGGACCCGAGGCCCCAGGGGCCCCAGCUCCCCAUAGGGAUCGAGGGCGACUGGGCCCGGCUCCUGGAGCAGGUGGGGGCCCUGGCGUUGUGGGCCAGCCAAAGGGAAAAGGAGGUGCUUAGGAGGGAGAGGGCCGUGGAAUGGCGGGAGAGGGCAGUGGAAAGGCGAGAGCGAGCCCUGGAGGAGGUAGAGAAGGCCAUCCUGGAGAUGAAGUGGAAGGUAAGGGCCGAGAAGGAAGCCUGUCAGAGGGAGCAGGAGCAGCCUGCCUUGGCUCAUCCCUUCCAUUUUGUGUAA